UAAAAAUUAGGGGUAAACAGAAUCACAAAUUGAGAUCUGAAGAGAGAAUCUUAUCGUAGACAAGAGAAGGAAUAAGAGAAGAGAAGAGAAGAGAAAUUUGGAAAAUGGGAGCUGCGAAGAAUAAUAUCUGGGCAAUAUUGGAAGCUGAAGAAGAUGAAGAUAGGGGCAACGACGCCUCCUCCCAGAUCCCAUAUUCUUCCUUUGUCGUCGACACAUCUUUGCCUCUCCCCCUCAUGAUUCCUCGCAUCAUAGAGUUAUGCAAAGAUCUGUUCAAGAAUUGGGGAGAUCUUGAUGAUUCACUCUUCUCUGUAGAGAGAGUGUCUGGAGGCAUCACAAACCUAUUGCUGAAGGUUUCUGUGAAAGAAGACACUGACAAAGAAGUCUCAAUAACAGUGCGGUUGUAUGGGCCUAACACAGAGUAUGUUAUUAAUCGUGAGAGAGAGCUACAGGCUAUCAAAUAUCUUUCUGCCGCCGGGUUUGGUGCCAAAUUGCUUGGUGGAUUUGGAAAUGGCAUGGUGCAAUCAUUUAUUAAUGCAAGAACCUUAGAGCCAUCAGACAUGAGGCAGCCAAAGAUUGCUGCUGAAAUUGCCAAAGAGCUUGGAAAGUUUCAUAAAGUGAACAUACCAGGUCCCAAGGAACCUCAGCUGUGGGUUGAUAUUUUGAAGUUCUUUGAAAAAGCCUCUACUCUUACGUUUGAGGAACCUGAUAGGCAGAAGCUCUUUGAGACAAUUUCAUUUGAAGAACUGUAUAAAGAAAUUAUUGAGCUAAGGGAAUUCACUGGCUUACUUAACGCACCUGUGGUGUUUGCUCAUAAUGAUUUGCUAUCUGGAAACCUGAUGCUAAAUGAGGAAGAAGAGAGACUGUACUUGAUUGAUUUCGAGUAUGGAUCGUACAACUACAGAGGCUUCGACAUUGGAAAUCACUUCAAUGAAUAUGCAGGAUACGACUGUGAUUACAGCUUGUUUGUCCAACUUCAUUUCGACUUGUUUUCUAUUGUUUCUAAUAAUUUCCUCUUAAAAGCUUGGAACAUAACUUCUUUAUCGUGGUUGCUUUGUAGCUACCCAAGUAAAGAAGAACAGUAUCAUUUCAUCAAGCAUUACUUACAGCCAGAUAAACCGGACGAGGUCAGCGUUGGUGAAGUGGAGUCAGUCUUCAUAGAGACAGACGCGUAUAAAUUAGCGUCUCAUUUGUACUGGGCAGUAUGGGCAAUCAUACAGGCAAGGAUGUCUCCAAUUGAGUUUGAUUAUUUGGGUUACUUUUUUUUACGGUACAAUGAAUACAAGAAGCAGAAGCCUCUUACUUUUUCGCUUGUUGCAUCAUACCUGUCUGCGUCUGUGUAGCUUUUGCUUGGCCAAAAUGGAAAUUUGAUUGUUAUCGGUUUUGUCGUGCUGUCAUCAUCAAUUCUUGUAAAAGUUGUUUCGUGUUGCUUUGUAUGAAUGAACUUAAGCUAAAUUUGUUCUAUAGAAAUGCUCUCU